CUGCGUCAGGUUUUGGCAUUGACUCGCGUUUGAAUAGCUGUGGGUGACAGACUUCCAACAGCGCUGAGAGCGCAAACGCGUGAUCUUUCUCUCUCGGACCAAACCCCGCGGGCUACACACCAGGGAUUGCUGGAAAUACUACAUUUCUACCAGACAACAAGAGUUCCCCUUAACGGGAUUCUAGAAGCUGGACUCAUAUUCGUAGGCAGCGACGCGCGCACCAAACAAACGAAUGUGUCUCUUUUGGUCCGCGCAUUUAGGAACGUAUUGGCGCAGCACUGAAUAACUAUUGUAGCGUUGAUUGAUAAGGCAAGUGUUUCCAGCCCAGACAGACACGUUUUUAUAAGGCACAGCUGGUUACGCUGGCGUGGACUGCUUUUGCCAUCAUUUGUUAGGCAUAAGGCAGUUUAUCCUCGCUUAUAGCAAACGACUUCUUGGAUACUGGAUGGCUGUCCAAAGAAGAGUACAUCGGCUGCAGGACCAAGCCAGGAAUGCCAUUUGUUCACGAGCAUCAUAAACGAGCCUUGUUGCGCGGUGUUUUUUAUUUUUUACCCGGGGGCAGGUGUUGUUGUGUACUUUGGGGCGGGGGGUUAGUUAUUGGGGCUUUGGACACAGUUGUCUGAAGGAUGUCAGAUCAGGGAUCAGAUCUACAAAGAGACAGGUGCGAUAGAGAGGAGUAGAUUUCACGCGGACCCCUCCUCUCCUCUUCUCUCCUCUCUUUUCCUCUCAGUCAUUCUGGAUUAUAGUCCCGAGGAGGCGAGUCAUUCACAGAGAACCGUGGCUCACCGUUUCCCGCGGCUGUUAUCGUGCCGGAGCUCCAGUACCAUGACGACUGUGGCCAAAGCUUUCAUCGGGCUCUUCUGGCUCCCGCGGUUUGUGUGUGCGGUCUUCCCUGAGGAACCUGGACCUCUGAACUUUAUCCCCACUGAAGUGGUGAGAAGGUAUCCUGUGUUUCUCGGACGACCCCAUCACUCAUCUUUCAGACAGGAGCCCUUACACAUUCAGAGGAUCCUGCAGGUCAAUCGUACCCUUUACAUCGGAGCCAGAGAUGACCUUUUCCGAGUGGAGCUAGACAACGUGGUGGGAGAAGAGAUGUUUUACAGCAAGAAGAGGACAUGGGAAUCCAACAAAAAUGACAUCAGAAUCUGUAGAAUGAAGGGAAAACAUGAGGAUGAGUGCCGUAACUACAUGAAGGUUCUGCUCAGCCGGCAGGGCGGAUUGUUUAUCUGCGGAACCAAUGCCUUCAAUCCGUUAUGUGCCAAUUAUACAGGAGACACUCUUGAGAUGGUGGGGGAAACUGUCAGUGGGAUGGCUAGAUGCCCAUAUGAACCGAAACAUGCCAACGUGGCCCUGUUUGCAGAGGGGAAUCUUUACACUGCCACGGUGACUGAUUUUCUGGCCAUCGAUGCCGUGAUCUACAGGAGUCUGGGGGAAAAUCCUGCUCUGCGAACGGUGAAACAUGACUCCAAAUGGUUUCGAGAGCCGUACUUUGUGAGUGCUGUGGAAUGGGGGCCACAUGUCUACUUCUUUUUCAGAGAGAUGGCCAUGGAGUUCAACUACCUGGAGAAGGUGGUUGUGUCUCGUGUGGGACGCGUGUGCAAAGCUGAUCAAGGCGGAUCACAGCGUGUGCUGGAAAAGCAGUGGACGUCAUUCUUGAAAGCUCGACUGAACUGCUCAAUCCCAGGAGACUCGCACUUCUACUUCAACCUCCUGCAUUCCACCAGUCCCAUCAUCCGCAUGCAUGGCAGGGAUAUCAUCCUCGCCGUCUUUUCCACACCCUCCAACAGUAUUCCUGGAUCUGCAGUUUGUGCUUUCGACAUGGAGCAGCUGGCCGAAGUGUUUGAUGGAAGAUUUAAAGAGCAGAAAUCGCCCGAGUCGAUAUGGACACCUGUUCCAGAUGAGGCUGUGCCCAAACCGAGGCCGGGUGGUUGUGCCAUAAAAGGCUCAAAGUUCAAUUCCUCCAAUGCUUUCCCUGAUGACAUGUUGACUUUUGUCAAGACCCAUCCACUGAUGGAUGAAGCCAUCCCAUCUCUCGGUCAGAGACCAUGGAUUGUUAGGACCAUGGUUAGAUACCAGCUCAACAAAAUGGUGGUGGACACAAACGCUGGUCCAUAUGGCAACCAGACAGUCCUCUUUCUGGGUUCCAGCCGAGGGACCAUCCUCAAAUUCCUUGUCACCCCCAACAGUGAUAACACAGUGACCAACAGCAAUGUGUUCCUCGAGGAACUGGAAGGCUACAACCCAGACAGGUGUGGGACGGACUCUCCUCAGGCCAGGCAGCUGCUUUCUCUCACACUGGACCGCAUCAGUCACAGCCUCCUAUUGGCUUUCCCCUCUUGCGUGAUCAAAGUGCCUGUAGCACGCUGCCAACUCUAUUCCCGCUGCUUGAAGAACUGCAUCGCCUCACGGGAUCCCUACUGCGGCUGGACCAGAGGAAGCACCUGCUCUUUCCUCCGUGCCGGUACAAGGCUUCCCUUCGAACAAGACGUCGAGCACGGAAACACUUCUCACUUGGGAGACUGUGACGGUCUUCUGCAGGAGAGUUUCAUUGAGGAACCAGAUGGCUUGGUGUCCGUGAACUUACUGGUGGUGUCAGCGGUUUCAGCGUUUGCCACCGGGGCGGCGCUGUCAGGUCUGAUGGUGUGUUGGAUAAUGAGCCUCAAGCACCGGCAGCACUCCAGAGCCAGUGGAUCUGGCAUGGGGAGUCGUCGCAAGAGUGACAAGGAGCAGGGCAUGCUGGGACACUGCCGCAGCGGUUCCGUGAUCAGCGUGACACGUAUCAGUGGCAGCGAACGACCCCGCUCACAGGUUGAGAAUAUGUUCACCAACGGCUGGCCAAAAUCUGGAGACCUCGACCCAGGACUUCCCACUCCGGAACAGACACCUCUGCAGCAGAAACGUCCCACUCCUAAUGUCCAUCUCACAGACUGCGACUGGGACCAGAGCCAUACUUUCCUCACACAGACAGGGACACCCUGCCAGGUGAACUCAGCGGUCAUUUACUUGAGCUCCAAGUACCUGCAAGGUGGGCGGCAAGAGGGAUCAGGUGAUGUUCCUCCUCAUUCGGAGCGUCAACGGUACCUCAUCCUCUCCCAUCCACCGAAUCAGAGGGAACAGGGUGGCUGUCCGUCCGCCCCACCUACUCGCAACUCUGCUGGUGAAUACAACUAUCCAGCAACACCUCAGGACUCACCUGACCGCAGAAGGGUGGUUUCGGCUCCUACCACGCAGUCAGAUUAUGAUGACCAUCUGCGAUGGUCCCGUGACGGACUCAAUUUCAAUAGCAACGCAACUCCUCCUAGCCACCACCCGUAUCCGAUACAGCCGCGCACUAAUGCAGCGUUAGUACGACCAAGUCAUCACACUCAGCGGGGGCUCAGUGAGAUACAGGACUACAGCCACCUGCUGGUGAAAAGUGCAAGUGCGCGCAACCCAAAUGGCCAAUGAGUGGUCCAGACCCAUUCACAUCCCAUUACCCUCAAGACUCAGACUCCUUCUGUAAUCCUGCCCAUCCUGUCCUUUCUCACUGCCAUCCAGUGUGUUUAAAGUCCCCCACCAGUGGCUGAGCUCUAGGACUUCUGAGAGUGAGAGAACGAGAGUGUUAAUGGUUGACGGUGUUAAAGCCGCUGUCCUCUACUGCCUGCCGGGUGACACCACUUAGCACGUUAGCGGCUUCUAUCACACCCUGUCUAAUGAAGCGGAAGGAUCACUUAGGAAAACGGAUGCGUUGGGUGAUGGGAGGUGACAUACAUAAUCAUAAUCCUGCAAACGGCUACGUUGACUGUUUAGCAUAGCGAAGCAGUUGCAGUUCGCCUCUCUUUGUAAUCUCACACCCUGUGCACCAUUCAGUGGAAGUGAUCUGUUUCAUUUUCACCUCUCUUGCUUUACGUUUGCACCUGGAUGCUGCUUUUUGUGCAUCCUGGGCCUUUGCAGACAAGCUCAAACUUCCUUGUGUCUGUUUGUAUGUGAGCCAUGCAAAACGGGGAUUAAAAUGUGCUUGUCGGCUAGGCUUGAUAUGAAAGCAAAAUGGUCAACAAACACUGGAGAUUCUUAAGUGAUCUGAUGUCAAAUGACUGACUAUCGUUCCCUUUCUUAUACUAUUAUGUGUCAGGAAGCAAUCAAGAUAACUGCCAUGUAACUUUAAAGAUCUGUGUGCUGGAAUAUCAGAUUUAACUGGGUCAUGUAAAAGAGCAUUCACCAAAAAUCAUGGAGGAAUAAGCCCAUGCUUUCUGGACGGAGCAGGGAAGCACUGUGGAAAUAUGUUGUUGGGUGGACCCAUUUAUUUUGUGGUGUAUUUUAUAAACCAAGAAGUUUAGUGUGUGUUUUUUUAAUCCCCUACACAUGCUAGCAUAAGAGCAGAGCAUUUGCAACACUUUCUCUUUCUUACGCUCAGCCUGGCUUCAUUUUCUCUGCAGUCCAUUGACUCUAAUGUGAGCUUGGUUGUCUGGUUCGAGUUGGGCUGCUAGGGAGCUGCAUUCAGAGUGUCUCACUGACACUGGGUGCCUUUGUGCGUCCCAGCCAGAGAAGACCAUCCCAUCAACAAAAAUCCGUAAAGAGUCAUGGCCUAGCCAUCAGCCCAGCCCAGGAGAAUGUCAAUGAGGAACCAGACAGAUCGGAUCCCACUGGUUCCCCCCUCACUGCCACCCUCCACAAACCUCACAGAACCAGACGAAUACAAUGUUACAUUUAGAUGGAGACCAAAAAAAAUAGACCCACUGGGCUACCAAUGGCACUGUGCCCGCUUCAGCCAUUGUUCAGAUUCCUCGUUUGUUUCAGAGUUGUAAACCCCAUGGGAGGCAAGAAAAAGAAAUAGUGUACUAAUCAAUUCAUUCACCUCUCAGUGAACGACGUUAUCGCUGCUUUUUCCCGUGAGGAACCCGUAAUUUACCAUGCAUUACCUAAUUGUGUGCACUAGAGGGCAGUAACGCAUGUUGAGAGAUUUUUUUUUUUUUUUUUUUUUUAGCCCUGAGUGGACCCUUUUCACAAGUGUGACAUGCGAGUGUGACAUUUCUGGAGUAAUUAACAUUGUAAAAAUGUUUCAAAUUUAAUUAAAUUUUUUUCUUCUUUAUUUUUUUUUUUUUAAAGAAAUGCAUACUUUUAUGAUUUCAGAAGGAUCAUAUAAUAAUGAAGACUGGAGUAAUGCCUGCUGAAAAUUCAGUUUUGCAGUCAUAUAUAAGAAUUAUUUUAAAAUUUUGUAUCAAAUAAAUGCAGCCAUGGUCAGCAUAAGAGACAUUAAAAAAAAUCUUACUUUCCCCCGAAAUGUUAAACAGUAGAGUAUAACACUAUACUUUGUUACAUUUCCCUGUCAUUUAAUUACAAGAGAAAUAAUAAAAACUGCUGCAGUGAGUGAUGGUAAAUUUGACAUCUUUCUCUCUCCUACCUGCCAUAAUCAAUCCUAGUUUUUCUUUUACUACUUCUUUUGGAAAGUCAUGGAAAUACAAUAUUGGAGAUCUUUUUUUUUUCUUUUCCUUUUUUUUUUUUUUUUUUUUGUGUGUACUAUUGAAACAAAUAGUAAUGCAAAAAUAACAUUUGCUAUGGUCUCACAUUUAUUUCAUUAUAAGUCUACCCUGUUAUUGUUUAUAUUCUAAACUGGUCCUAUAAUCACCAAUACUACAACAGUAAGUGUAUGUUUGUUAUAAAAACAGAAAGUUUUUCAAAUGAAAAAUCUGCUUUAGUGAUAAUAGAGCAUUUCCCAGGGUAUGAGUGUGUUCUUUUGAAUGUGGAUGGAUGAAACCCAUUGAAGCUAAACAUUAAAGCAAUUAUUGAAGAGUUUAAUUUAUAGGUCUUAAGUGCCAAUGCAUGACUGAGUUCAAAACUUGGUUCCUAAUUAUUUUUACACAAUCAACAUUUUUGUCACAGUUUUUUUAAUUGUUGCCCAGCUCAUCUGUUCAUAUUGGAACUGUUCUACCCCCACACAGACUGAGGCCCACUAUGUGCUGAAAAAAGGUCUGCCCACCCAUGCAUGCGCUCGCCCUGCUUCCCUCUCACUGGCUUUUCACUCUGUUGCACCAUUAGGCAAAACAUGCGUGAUUACGCUAAGUCUGUCUUGGCCUGAUAAAGCCUAGAGAUGAUCGUGAGAGACGUGCAGAAACACAGGCACCCACUUGCUUACUCACAGCCAGAUUUUACAAAGCAAUCGCCUGAGAUGUGGGCAGCAAAACUCAAGAAGCAAGUCAUCUUCCCAACCGCAUCCCAUAUAAGUAACAUUCCCCAGAAUAAAACAAAAACAAGCAGAAAACGCAGAUAAUACCUAUUGUGAAACCCUGUACGAAAUCUCCAAGCACUGCCGGGGUUAAUUCGCACAAGAAUUUGAGGUAGUGAAGUGGAGUUAAUUUGCUGCGGAGCUCUAUAAAAUGUGUUCCCGGGAAAAAGAAAAUAAACGAGGGUUGUUUCACUGUUUUCCUGUCGUAAUUCUCUCAAGCAAGAAAUGGAAUCGGCCAUAAAAACUCUGCUAGGGUUUUGUUUGGACAGAAUAUAUCUAGCUAUGUUUUUAGAAUGCUCCCUUCUCUCAAUUUUCCAAUUAAAAUCCUGUCUGUAAACAGUGAGGACAGUGUGCUCGAGGCUUUCUCAUUGUCUGGGCCGGUUUUCUUUCUCUGCUUUGUCUUUUAAAACCCUGAAGUUAUUAUUUUUUUUAUUUUUUUUUUGACGUCCCCUUGCCAUAAACUGCUACAGCUAAUGGGCCACCUGACAAAAUGUGCAAACACAAAGGAAGAAAUGGUUUGUUUAGCUUUCGGUACGCAAAACCAGACAUCUGACAAGCACAAACUAGGGGUUUUUUUUUGUAUAUUUGUAGAGAAUAUAUUAGCCAGUACAGAUAUCUUCAUUUUUACAUUUGUUUGUUUUGUGGUAAUGUUUUCGGUUGGUUUAUUGAGUUCAUGCAAGUGAUUUGAUUUGCUCUCUGGAGUGUGAAUUUUUUCAGCGACAAUGAUUAUUCUGCAACUGUGACCUGAAUUUCAGUGUUUGAUCCUGGUUUCUGAACUGUGCAAAGACUUCUUUUCUAAAAGAAAUUGGAUUGGAGUUGUUUCUCCUGGAAGAAAGAGAAGAAAAAAAACAAUUUUGCAAAAGAGCCAAGUCUUCUGUUAACUGUGAUGGACUUCUGAUUUGUUUUGCACCUGAGGCUGUUCGUGUUACUGGGUCCAUUGUCAUUAAAUGACAAGUCGUGUCCCUUCAGUGUACAUAAUUUCAAUGCUUAAAUGUAAUUUAAGUGAACUACCUGCAUGAACACAGCCUCGGUCUGGAGUCCACAGAGGUAGUGUGUACUUCAACACGACAUGCUACUGUGUGCCCUAAUAUUGUCCACCAAUCAGACAGUCACAUGCAUGCUUUCCAAAUCAACAGCACAAAUGCACAUAAAGAGACACACACAAUCACACAAACGCACAAGAUCACAUGGAUAGUGGGGUCCAAAAUGUCUUAUUUUGCUGCCUUUUUUUUUUUUUUUGCAUCAUAUCAGUAUCAAAAUGUCUUUGUAUACAGUUUGUCCCACUUUUGCUCAAACAGCAGCACUCACGCGGCAUGUAGUUUGUGUAAAACCUGAUGAUCAUGUCCUUCACCAUGAACUGAAAUGAUCCAGAGAGCAUCUUGUGUUUCAGUGGAAGAUAGAACAUCUGACCGUCUCUACAGAGUCACAUGGAAAAUGACCCAGAAACAGUACUAAAUCUUAAAUAUUUCCUAUUUGUUUUGUGCCUUUUUUAUAUUUUUAUUAAUUGGUCCAAAGUUUAAAACUUGUUUAUCUUCAGUCCCACUAAGUUUUCUGACUUUUGGAUCCCACUGUACUUAAACACGUGUACACACACAUUUUUGCAUUUGGAAACUCAUUGUCCUCCGUUCUGACUGUCAUUGAGCAUGGAGACUGUGCUCUGUUAUCAUUUCCUGUUUUAAUAAACCACCAACAACCUAA